AUGAAGAGAAAACAUCUUGCUAUCAAAUGUGAAGAAGACGGAGAAUGCAAUCUAGCCAAGGUAACUGUGCGUCGACCUGCUAUCAACGGUGAAGAAGAGAAUAGUGAAGAAGAAGAAGAAGAAGACUCUGAAUAUGAGGGAAGUGAUGAAGAACAAGUUGAUGCCCCUCAUGAUGUCCAUUCUCCAAAGAAACGUCUUGGUAACAUCAAGAAUAUUCUCUCAAAACUUGAAGAAAAGGUUUCUGUUCUAUGCGAAGAAAAUCAACAAUUGUCAAGUCCAAUUAACAAAAUGCAAAUUACAGACCAAGAAUUGAUACCACUGAAUUACGACCAGCUCACUGAAUUAUUAAAAAUAAUUGCAGGCGUCAAGUUUAUGUACUACAAUCAGCUCAAUAUUAGAUGUUCUGUAAAUCAACUUACAAACGAAACCGAUGAUAUUCAGCAAGAAGAGAAUCAACAAGAUCAUGAAUCCAUGGAGAAUUCAAAACAUCUGGGUGAAAUGUUGAGUGAAGAGACGAAACACCUGUGGAACGAAAUUAAAAUUCUCGCAACAACCAAUGCAAAGCUAAAAGUGAAUAUUGGAGUAACCAGAAGAUUUUCAAGUAUUCAGGAAAGGGACAUUGCAAAACUCAGCCAUGUUGAAUUGGGAAAGCUUCUCACAUCCAUUGAAAGUUCCAGAUCCAAAAUCGAUCAGAAAUUGCUCACUUUUUUGAAAUGA